AUGCCCAUUUUCAUAAUAUCAAAUCAUUUAAAGGUAUCAGAAAAUUGGUCAUAUGUUGCAUUUGUCCUCGACAGACUCCUACUAAUAAUAUUUUCAACUACUCUACUUGUUGGAACAAUUUUAAUAUUGUCAAGCUCGCCCCCAGCUACAAGAGAAUGGGGAGAACCAUUAACUACAAUGAGACCAACAAAGCCCCUAAGUGGAGAUACUUUUGAAUUUGAAUUGAGAGGGGAGACGGAAGUUGAUAAAAUACUUUGA